GAUCUAAACACAGCUCAGCAAAACACAAACAUUCAACCAAUUAGCAUCGGCGGUUGACAAUUCAUACGGGCUCACAUGUCUGUCUAUGUUUAUCAACCGUUUAAUGCGUGUUAUCUGCUAUUAAGUCAAGUAGGAGGAAAUAUUUAAGUUAUUCGUGUUCAUCUCAGCUAAAACAUGUUUCUGUCAAAGAUUAUUCGUCCAUCACAAGCUGUGAAAUUUAAUCUUCAACUUUUGUCAUCUUCAGUUUUGCGAUUAUCAUCAUCCAAAGCCAAUGGAUUUAGUUUUGAACUCACUCAAGAACAGAAAGAAAUACAAGAUAUGGCUCGUAAAUUUGCUAGAGAAGAAAUUUUACCUAAAGCACCUCACUAUGAUAAAACUGGAGAAUAUCCAAUGGACAUAAUUAAAAAGGCCUGGGAAGUUGGAUUGAUGAAUCCUGGUGUUCCUCAAAAAUAUGGUGGUACUGGACUUGGUUUAUUUGAUUGCUGUUUAAUGUCUGAGGAACUUGCCUAUGCAUGUACAGGCAUAACAACAGCUAUGGAGGCUAAUGAAUUAGCUCAAUCCCCAGUGAUGUUAGCUGGCAAUGAAGAGCAAAAAACAGAAUAUUUAGGAAGAGUGACUAAGGAGCCUAUACUGUGCGCAUAUUGUGUUACUGAGCCAGGGACUGGAUCUGAUGUUGCAGGAAUAAAAACAAGAGCUGAGAAGAAAGGGGAUAAAUACAUUAUCAAUGGCCAGAAAAUGUGGAUCACAAAUGGUGGUGUCGCAAACUGGUACUUUCUGCUUGCACGAAGUAAUCCGGAUCCUAAAUGCCCGGCCAGCAAAGCUAUGACUGGCUUCAUUGUCGAAGCUGAUUCCAAAGGUAUUAUUAAAGGAAGAAAAGAGUGGAAUAUGGGGCAAAGAGCAUCAAACACUACUGGUGUAACAUUUGAGGAUGUUGAAGUUCCAGCAAAGAAUGUUCUUGGAGUGGAAGGAGCUGGCUUUAAAAUAGCAAUGGGUGCAUUUGACAAGACAAGACCUGCUGUUGCUGCAGCUGCUGUAGGCUUAGCUCAGAGAUGUUUAGAUGAAGCUACCAAGUACAGUUUUGAAAGAAAAACAUUUGGACAUAAAAUAGCUGAGCAUCAGGCAGUUCAAUUUAUACUUGCUGAAAUGGCUAUUGGAAUUGAAGUUUCAAGAAUGGCAUGGAUGCGAGCUGCAUGGCAGACAGAUAAUGGUGAAAGAAAUACUUAUUUUGCAUCCAUUGCUAAAGCUCUUGCUGCAGAUGUUGCAAAUAAGUGUGCCACUGAUGCUGUACAGAUAUUUGGUGGUAAUGGUUUCAAUAGUGAAUAUCCUGUUGAGAAGCUGAUGCGAGAUGCUAAGAUAUAUCAAAUUUAUGAAGGAACAGCUCAGAUUCAAAGGAUUAUCAUAGCCAGGGAACAUUUUAAUAAAUUUCAGCAGCAGCUUCAAUGAAUCAAUGUUUGAAUGAUAUGGAAUUGUGCAAUGCAAGCAAAUAAGCAUAUUCAAUGUUUAAUAUGAAUUACACAUUUCUUCAUGUUGAUUUUGUAUCUGAAUAAAUAUUUUUUUAAAGUGUUU